AUGCCAACACCAACGACUGCAUCAGCGACAGCGGGAUCUAGCACAACUAAUUCACGUCAUGUCAAGAGUCGAGCCGAGUCACAGGAUUCUCAUGACGAAGGUACGGGGCCUCCCGGCUCUGGGUCGGCUGAUAACUCGAAUUCUCGGUUUAGACAUCGAAAGAUCUCGGUAAGGCAGCGACUGCGGAUCUUGAAGCCCUGUGAUUUGAAAAGUUUGGAUCAGGAGGAGCUGCAACAGCGGGAUGUUGCCGAUAUCGAGACCGGUGUGGAGAAAAACGAAGAAAAGGAGGUCCAUUUGCAUCGAAUUUUACAGAAGGGCAGUAGCCAUUUGAACAACCAGAGGAAGGAGUAUAUUCCGACCCCCGAUGCAUCUUCUACUUGGAGCGAGUUUGAUCAGUUUUAUCGUGGUCAUUUCGCUGAGCCCAAUGGCUACAUCAAGUUUUCAGCCACUGUGGAGGAUUGUUGCGGCGCUCCGUAUUGCAUGGAUGAGGUUGACGAAGAAUUUUUGAAUGAGUUGAGAUCUCGAUACGAGGGAGACGAUAAGCUAACAGAAGAUGAGUUCGAAGUGAUGUGUUCGUCUUUUGACAGUGCCAUUCAUGCAAGACAGCCUUUUCUUAGCACGGACCCCCAAAGCAUACUUUCAUUCGAUGAAAUCAAGCCCACUUUAGUGAAGUCGGACUACGCGCACGUUCAAUUGAAGUCAAGCCUGGCCAAUGAAAUCGGACUGGAUUCUGAUAGACAAUUUGUUACCCAGUUUGAUUCAAAGGCAAAUCUAAAGACCAGGGCAUUGACUGUGCUGCUGGAAAAAUUCGGUCCGGAUGUGUAUGAGCACUGGAAGCGAAGAAAACUUGCAAGUCCCUCGACAGAGAUUUUCCCACAGCUUAAGUUUGAGCGGCCUGAUGAAAAGGAUGAUGUUGAUCCCUAUGUCUGCUUCCGCAGACGUGAUGUUAGACAAGCGAGGAAAACCAGGCGCGUUGAUAUUUUGAAUAGUCAGAAGCUACGACUUCUACACCAGGAACUGCAGCAUGCCAAGAAGAUGGCUUUGCUUGUAGCAAGACGUGAGAAAAUGUCAAUGGACCUUCUUGAGAAGAGUUUAACUAUCUUCGAUCAAAGAUCUGAGGUUAAAAAAUUGAAGAGAUCUUUGAAUAUCAGAGGUGAGGAUGAUGACUUAGUCAAUCAUAAGCGUAAGCGUUUAGACAUUUUCGCUCAUCAACGGAAAUUACAGGAACAGGCGGCUGCAGAGGCAGCUGCAAUGGCCACCACUUCUGACUCAUCAGUCAGAAGAGGUUACAGGAAUAAAAUGAACAGGAAGGAAAUCGAAAGCCUAACCAAAUCUGGACAAAGACUCACCAAACAACAGAUUCAGCAGCUACAACAUCAAUCGGCCGCUGCUAUUGGAAACAACAAGCAAAAACAAGAUGCUAAAUUGGCGCAAGUUCAAGCCGAGCAACAACAGCAGUUACAGCAGCAGCAACAAAACGUUGCCUCACACGUUUACGUUAGAUUGCCCUCUUCAAAGGUCCCUGACCUUACGCUGGAAGAUGUCGAUAAUCUGCUCGCUAAUAAAGAAAAGAAUGCAAAGAAGUUUGUUCAUGACAGGAUGGAGAAAAGAAAAAUGGAGGAUGGUGAUGUAUUCUUCAAUCUCACCGAUGAUCCGUACAACCCUGUUUUCGAUAUUACUCUGCCCAAAGGUGUCUCCCCUUCGAAUGCACCAUUCUCUUCUAUCGCAUCUUCGAGAUUUGAAGUAAGCAGGUCUUAUUAUUCCAAACAUCUCGCCGAUUAUUUGAAAGGCUCCACGAAGGAUGUGACGGCCUUCAGCAGAGAUGGCGAAAAACUGCCCCAAAAUAAUUUCAAAGUCAAGAAAGUUGAAGUUUAUGAUCCAUUCCAAAAUAACAAUGAAAUUCAUUCGCGGGAGUAUCCAGUCAAAUUCAGAAGGCGCAUCGGCCGCUGCGGUAUCCAGUAUAUGGAUCGCAAACCAAAUAAGAUACAUCAUAGCGUUGAAUUUGUCUUGUCUCAGUUCUUGGAUUUCGAUGCCAUCGAGAAGCACGAGAUGGGCGCCGAUCAAACAAUCAACGUUUAUGACUCUAAAUGGGAUGAACUCUCCAGGCUAUACUCUAAAUGGAAAUAUGAUUCGCCCAGAAAUGAGUACGGUUUGAAGAUCUCUGAAGAACCAUCCAGGUUGAACCGGAUUUCCAAUGAUGCUCAAGUAAUACGGUUCGGCACCAUGUUAGGAAGCAAGUCUUAUGAGCAACUCCGCGAGGUGACCGUCAAAUAUCGCCAGGAGUAUAUUUCAAGAAUGAAGCAACAGAAAAUCAAUAACCAGAAGCAAUUGCAACUGCAACAAUUACAAAGACAACAAAAAGAACAAGAAUUCCGCCAAGAUGAUCAAGCGUCUGUUGACGGACCUUCGAUCGCUGACUCCUCUCCUUCUAUGGAGUCCAUGGCCUCUACCGUUGAGGCAAGCCGGAACACGAAAUAG